AUGUCCCUCUUCUGGGCGGGCGACACGCAGUUAGAGGUCGGCACCGCGCUGGCGCGUGCAGACCUCAAUGACAGACAAAGUUUUGGCGAGGCCGUCGACAUCGUCAAGCGGUACUGCCUGGCGAAGAUGAAAAAGUCCAAGACGCAAGCCGUCGCACUUCCCGGUGGCAAACUUGAGGCCUUGGAGAAGAAGCUGCCACCGUCAACAGUCGCCCUCCCGCGUCCGACGAGCCCCGUGCGCCGCCGCCUGGUCAAGGCCGAGUUUCCCCUGCCAGCGUCAUACCAGAAUUCCUCGCGUGAGACGAGUCCUGAUGGUGCUGGUGACCCAAGGGCGUCGACCGAAGUGACCUCGACCACCGCGGCGCCACGGAACGACCAACCCUCGGACGCAUCCAUGUUGCCGGACCACGUCCUGGAAAAGGAACUGCUCAGGCGCGCUGGCAGCAGGGCAAGCAGCGCCAAUGCGUACCCGCAGUCCGUCAUCACGACCCGGUCAAAGAGGACUACCGGGACCGAUGCGAGCUCGGACCUCCUGCCAGACGACGAGGAGACUCCCGAGCUCCAUUACGACAACACUGCGUUCCUGCCCUCUCCAGCGAUGUCGGCCGUGACACCACGCACGCUCCCCAUUCCGGCGCCUGGCGGCAAGCAGCUGCAUGACCGCGACUUUUUCGACCUGGACGCCGCUACCGUUAUGGGGUCGCCACAAUGGGGCAAGGCGCGCAGCUCGCCACGCGUCAAUGCCACCAGCAGCAGUGGCGGCUACCCGCCUGUCCCACCACCCCCUGGCCGCCCGCCUUCAAUCCCCCGUUCGCCAUAUGUCUCCGCAUCGUCGACCGGUCCGGUCUCCCUCAGCCCGUUGGUCAGGCCGAGGGACUCACCCAUGCUGCAGACGACCGCUUUGAGUGGGCCGUCCAGCCCUGACAUGGCGACCAAGCGGACCGACAUGGACAUCCGUGCCCUGUUUGAGGCCCUCCCUGCGGAGGCGCAGGCAUUAGCGGUCAAGCGGCUGGCGGAGCAACAACUCGAGGCACAGCGCCGCGCCGAGGAGGCACUGGCCGCUAAGCGCGCUGCCGAGGCCGAGGCACUCCGUCUUCAGCGCCAGCAGGAGGCGGAAUCGAGGCGCGCCGCAUCACGGCUCCUCGCUGCUCAGACCCUUGGUGCCAGCCCGCCGACGACGGAUGUGCCCGGCGUGCUCGACGCGAUGCCUGGUCCCCCGACACGCCAACCCGUUGCACACGGCAAGGACGAGGACGUGCGCCGCAUGAUUGAGGCGCGUAUCGCCGCGCUUCAGACCGCGUUGGCCGGCAUCGGGCCCAACGGCGACCUCCCUGCCUCACCCACAAUGUCGGCGUCGUCGCCCAUCAUGACGCAGCGCUCUCCACCCGUGCUACCGACCUUGUCGCCGAUGCCACGCCUGGACGACGCCACAUCACCUACGCUCGGCAACACUCCGCUCCCAAUGUCACCCGAGUCGGCACGCGAGCGCGCUGCCCCGUCCCCGCCAAGCAGCUACCACACAAACUCGCCACACUCGUCGUACACGUCGACGUACACCCGCCCCGCCGCACAGCGUGUCUCGGCCAUCGCGUCGGUCCGGCCCCGUAUCCCACCCACGGUCCGCGCCCAGCCGGCGCUGUUUAUGGACCUCGACCACUCGGACCACGAGGCCUCCCCGUCGUCCGCCAGCCCCAUCACGCCUAGCCUUUCGGCGGGCGAGUCGCUCGCGCGCCACGGCAGCAGCGUGCGCAGGCUGAGACGUACCCCGCCCCCGCAGUAUACCGAUGUCCCGUCCCCCUCGACGGUGAAUAACCCCCGGCUGGCAAUCUACGGGAACAGGAUCUAG